CAUACCUUUCUCUCUCUCUCAUGAUUACUGGGUCAAUGCUUUUCGUUGCAGAAAUCGAUUGGCGUUGUCACCUUUGAUUUUGGGAAUGUGACAAAUCUCAAACAUGGGGAUGUAGUUUUUGUCGGUUUUUUUUCUGAUGAACUUCUGUCUGGUUUAUUACAUCUUCCGGCGAUUCAACUCUUCUUCCACGGCGGCAUUGGAUGGUUCCUUUCCCUGACGCAGGAGAGAAAGAAAGAAAGGUGUUUAGGCUUCUUGUCUGAAUGGACUUGAAAAUGGAUAAUGUAAUCGGUGGCAAGUUUAAGCUUGGUCGGAAGAUCGGCGGUGGCUCUUUUGGAGAGCUUUUUCUUGGUAAAAAAAAAAACUGUUUCUCUUUGAUCCGUUGUAACCUUUAUUCGAUUUUUUUGAUUACCCUUUUUGAUUUAAAUCUGAUUUAUUGGAAAUGUUUUUCAGGAGUAAGUGUGCAAACCGGAGAAGAAGUCGCUGUAAAGCUGGAGCCUGCGAAAACUAAGCAUCCACAACUUCAUUAUGAGUCCAAGAUUUAUAUGCUUCUUCAAGGAGGAACUGGCAUCCCUAGCCUCAAGUGGUUUGGGGUUCAGGGAGACUACAAUGCGAUGGUCAUUGAUCUGCUUGGUCCGAGUUUGGAAGAUUUGUUCAACUAUUGUAAUAGGAAGCUCACUUUGAAGGCUGUUUUGAUGCUUGCGGAUCAACUGAUUAGCAGAGUUGAGUAUAUGCAUUCAAGAGGAUUUCUACACCGAGACAUAAAACCAGACAAUUUCUUGAUGGGACUUGGUCGCAAAGCAAACCAGGUGUAUGUCAUUGAUUUUGGCCUUGCAAAGAAGUAUAGGGAUCUCCAAACACAUAGACACAUCCCCUACAGAGAAAACAAGAACCUUACGGGCACAGCUCGGUAUGCUAGCGUCAACACUCACCUUGGUGUUGAGCAAAGUCGAAGGGAUGAUCUGGAGUCUCUUGGUUACGUGCUCAUGUAUUUCCUCAGAGGAAGCCUGCCAUGGCAGGGACUAAAAGCUGGCACAAAGAAGCAGAAGUAUGACAGAAUCAGUGAGAAGAAAGUUUCAACUCCUAUAGAGGUCUUGUGCAAGUCCUAUCCACAAGAAUUCGUAUCAUACUUUCAAUACUGCAGGUCCUUGCGAUUCGAAGACAAACCAGACUACUCCUAUCUAAAGAGGCUAUUCCGGGAUUUGUUUAUCCGCGAAGGUUAUCAGUUUGACUAUGUAUUUGACUGGACUGCACUGAAACACCCUCAGAGUAGUUCUAGCUCCCGGUCCAGCUCACACGGAAGGCAUCGUACGGGUAAACCAGUUGCGGCCGCGGGACCGUCUGCUGAGAAACCUGAAAGGAUCUCAGUUGGGAGGGAAAUCCGCGACAGAUUCUCUGGUGCAGUUGAAGCAUUCGCGAGAAGGAACGCUACAGGAGCCACUCCCCAUCAAAACCAAACCAAGCAUCGAACUCUUGAUGAUGUUCCUCCACCAAUGAAACCUGCUGUGAAUAUGGUAUCUGAGAAAGGAAGAAACACUUCCAGAUACGGCAGUGCUUCAAGGAGAGCGGUGGCAUCAGGAAGUAGACCAAGCUCAUCAGGUGAACAAGGGGACAGCCGCGGUUCAAGCCGUGUGGCCUCUAGUGGAGGUGGUGUUCGACCAUCUGUUUUCCAGAGAGCUCAAGCGGCAGCUGGUGUGAGUGGAUAUGAGUCGAAGACAGCCUCUGCCUUUAACCGCAACAGAGUGGCUGCUUCUAGGACUGCAGGUGACGAUGCUCUCAGAAGCUUUGAGCUUCUUUCUAUCCGCAAAUGAGAAAGUAAGUAAGAACAAACGAAAGUUACUAUCAACUCUUUUUCUGUAAAUUGGAUUCUUCUUUACACGUGUGUUGUUUGGUCCUCACGUUUCCACGAAACUACCAAAUUUUUCAUGUAUUAUGAAUGUAACGUUUCUCUGGAUUUUUGUAUUAAAUUGUUACGCUCUUGUACUGUAAUCACGACAAGUUGUUACUCGUAUAUCUUAAUUUUUGUGUGUUUGUUUCUUGACUAAAUAAAAAAUUAUUAUAUCUUAA